AUGGCAAACACACUAGAUCGGGCGCUGCCCGCGCGAGGGAGGCCAUCCGCCUUCAACCUCUCCCCAGACUCCUCCGACCUCGACGACGACGACGACGCGCCGCUGCCCUUCCCCGAGGCCCUCCCCCGCUCCGACUUUCUCACACCCGACUUUGACCCCGCCGCCUACCUUUCCGCGCUGCCGCACCGGCACCAGACGCUCGAGGACCUGCGCGCCGACCUGCGCGACCGCAGCGCCGCCAUCAGCAGCGAGCUGCUCGAGCUCGUCAACGCAAACUCGUCCACGUUUCUGUCGCUCGGCACCAAUCUCCGCGGCGGCGACGACAAGGUCGAGGACGUGCGCGUGUCGCUGCUGGGCUUCCGUCGCGCCGUCGAGGACGUCAAGGCCAAGGUCGCGACGCGGCGCGCCGAGACGGACGCGCUCACCGCGGAGCUGCGCGGCGUGCGGGCGAGCAUCGAGUUGGGCCGCACGCUGGUCGAGGUUGCAGAGCGCCUGUCGUCGCUGGAGGAGAGGCUCGCGCUGAGCGGUGUGCCCAAGACGAGGGACGGGGCGGAGCAGAAGGCCGAUUCGGCGGACAACGACGAUGACGACGAGGAGGAGAGUGAAGAAGAGGAUGCAGAUGAAGACGAACAAGUACAAGGGCUGGUGGGAAGCACACCGACUGUGCUGAUGACGCUCGCGCAGGACUAUAAUACCGCCGAGGCGCUGCAAAGAUCACUUCCAAUGCUUGCGUUUACGGCCAAGCUGGAGACAAGAUUGGCCAAAUGUCGAAAAACGUUGCUGCUGGACCUUGGCAACGCGCUACAGGAGAGUCGCAAGGCAGGCGUCACGGCACAAAAUAGAGUCUUGAAAUAUCUCGCCAUCUAUAGAAUAUUGGGCGCCCAGGACGAGGCAGUCAAGGCAGUCAAAACAAAAUAG